AUGAUAUCCUGUACCGAGGUUUUGAAAAGUAGUCUGUUGUUUAAAAGAUUUGUGCUUCAGGGAAAGUUAAUUGUGAGACAGAUGAGUGUUCUCAGGUCUCUGUUUCGGUUUAGGAAGACCAACCUAAGUACUUUAUUGGUGAUCACGUAUGCGUUGAUCUCAGUGUUGUACCUUUGGGAUCACUUUCGUUACCAGCUUACGUUACCAACUGAUUAUAAUUAUUCGCAAAUGUUGGAAGAUGCAUGGUUUGAUUUGGAAAUUAUCACGCAAUAUCCCCAUCCUUAUGCAUCACAUGCGAAUGAUAAAGUCCAUGCUUACUUGUUGGAUCGAGCUAAUGAAAUUACGAGAGACUCUUUGUUUACAGAAGUGUCGGAUGAUUAUGGAAUAGGUUUGAAGACAUUGUUUAGAGUCGAAGAAGAUAAAAAUUCGUCGACAGCUGAAUCUAAGGUCAUUUAUUAUGAAUCUUCGAAUGUUUUGGCUAGGGUUCAAGGUAGGAACCCCAAUUUACCAGGGUUAUUGUUAUCUGCACACUAUGACAGUGUGCCAUCUAGUUUUGGUGCCACUGAUGAUGGUAUGGGGAUUGUUUCCAUGUUGGCCAUUCUAACGCACUAUGCGAAGAACCAACCAGAGCGUACCUUAGUGUUUAAUUUCAACAAUAAUGAGGAGUUUGGAUUGGCAGGUGCUGAAGCAUUUUUCGAACACCCAUGGUCGAAGGAACUCUUAUAUGUUGUAAACUUGGAGGGGACUGGUGCUGGUGGAAAGGCAGUAUUGUUUAGGACAUCAGAUGUUUCUACUGCGUCUGUAUACGCAGAUGCUGUUCGUCAGCAACCAUUCGGUAAUUCAAUUUACCAGCAAGGAUUUUACACGGGUAAUAUUGGUUCUGAAACUGACUUUAAAGUAUACGAAAAUAAGGGCUUACGUGGAUGGGACAUUGCCUUCUAUAGGCCAAGAAAUCUAUACCACACUGCCAAGGAUACUGUGUUGUAUACGAGUAAGCAAUCCUUAUGGCAUAUGUUGAACACUGCAUUGCAGUUGACAAAUUAUAUGGCGAUUAACCAGCCUGAUAUGACAGACAGCUCUACUGCUGUAUACUUUGAUUUGUUUGGUAAAUGGUUUGUGGUCUGGUCUGCCAAGAAAUUAUUUUACUGGAACUGCAUUUUAUUGGCAUUGUUCCCAUCUAUUCUUGCUGUGUUAUUCCUUGUAGCGCAGGAUCUGCAAGCCUUAAAAGUGAACUUCUGCGCCGCUCUGUUGAGACUACCGUCUUCUGUGGCUGUAGCAUAUUUUGGUGUGAAAUUCUUCCAGGUGUUAGUUGGCCAUUGUAACCCUUAUGUGUUUUCUCGUGAUUACACAUCUCCAAUAUUGGCGGAAUCUUCUUUAUUCAUUUUCAUUAAUUAUCUCAUUUUAUCUUCGUGGGAAAAAUUCCGUCCUUUGCGUGACUUUAAGACAGUGGCAUUGGUGCAGGUUUCUCUGGUUCUAUGGAUUUACUUAAUAUCUGUGACGCGCUGGCUUCGUGAUUCAAACUAUACAGCCACCGGUGUAUACCCUUUUACAGUAGGAUAUACUUUCGUCUCGAUAGGUGCCAUUAUUGGUGUGUUCUGCGCAACUUUCAAAGCAAAAGUGUCAGUUCUGAAAAAUAGAUACCGGCGCAUUAGUAAUUUUGACGUGGAGCAGCGCACCGGUGAACCUUCUGAGGCACCUCAGGUAAUCAUUUCUGUGGAUGCUGGAACUGAACACACAGAAAGUACACCAUUAUUGAACCCAAAUAUACCGUCUGCAUGUUCAAAAUUGCCUGCUACUGCAGGCUCCAAGAGCGAAGUGUGUAAGAGUAUUGUUACGAAUGUGUUAAACUACGAUUGGAGUAUUCAAUUUUUGGUAGUCACUCCACCAGUAACAUAUUUCACUUGGGUGUGUAUGGACUUAAUUAUGGGAGCCAUGAAUCAAACCAUUCAGGAAAGUGCAAAGAGCACCACUUUUGUGACACACAUGGCUUUAAUAGGCAGUUUGUUGUUAUCCUUGCCAUUACUUCCAUUUACUUACAAAUUGCAUUCACACGUUGGAUUACUGUUCCUUGUUAUGGCCACUGUAACGUCAAUGUGGACUAUAUCGGCUUCUCCUUUUACAGAGUCCUCUCCAUUAAAAUUGAAAUUCCAGCAAACUAUUGAUUUGGAUAUAAAAAAUUCUUCUUCAGUAUAUUUAUAUGGACGUGAAAAAGCAUUUAUGGAGCCAGUUUUAAAGAACAUUCCAAGUGUUACAAGCUUCGCAUGUGAUGAGUUCAAUGGUAAUGGUGUAGACGUAUGUGAAUACACCGGUACACUUCCAAGAAUGUUUGAACGUUUUCACUCUAUGGGUACUGAUUGGCAUGACAUAAUGUCAGUUGAGGUGAUUAGAGAUGAUCGUAAUUCUACAAAGAGAACGCCUUAUCAGCCUAUUACUGCCGAGCUAAGAAUAAAUGUUGAAGAUAAUAGAGUUUGUACCUUGUCAUUUAACAGCACGGCAUUCCAACAUUGGAAACAUGGAACCUCACCAUUAAGGGAAGUUACAAUAAUUCAUAAUGGCACUUCAAACAUAUCAUCUUUCCGAACCGUGGCAGUUAAAAAAAACGGUUAUUAUAAAGAUGAAUACGGCAACGACCAUUACCGUUGGAAUAAUGGUAUCACUGAGCUACAGUUGCAUAAACUUGAUUUUAAACAUGACCACUACUCUGUGGGGUUGGAGUGGAUUCCACAGGUUCUGUAUCGCAGUCACCAAGAUAAUUACGUCUUUUAUGAUGAAGAAGAUGAUUUAUUAGGUGUCAGUGUUACCUGCUAUUGGGGUGAAUAUGACACUGGUUCUAUCACUGAUGGAUUUGCAACGACAAAUGUUCCUGCAUAUGACGAAUUGAGGAAGUAUUCACCAAAACAUAUCAUAUACUCAAGUAAGGACAAGGGUAUGAUUUCAGUGAAAAAAUACGUUGAAUUAUAA